UCUUUCGUAUCACACGCAGUGACUUUUCCCUUAUCAUGAGAUUUCCAUAUCGUAGGAAUUCUUACGAUUGUUUAAGUUUAAUUCAUUAAUUUAUCAUUGCGAGUUGCGACUCUCCAUCGACACUCGACUCGACGGCGUGUCGUGUACUCGCGUAUAAACGACAAUCACUUUUCGUGGUCGUCUCGCCAAUUCGUUUUUUUUUUUUUUUAUUUCAUUAAAUCGUCUAUAUUCGUUGUUAUUUUAUUUAUAUUUUUGUUUCUGAAAUUUUUCGGGUCUACCUGGAAAAUUUCUUUGUUUUCAUGGCGUUCGUCCUGAAGAAUCCACAGACCAAGAGCUUAUUAUCUUAAUUAGGGAACUAACAAAACAAACAUUUAAUGUUGGAGUGAUUACACAAUUAUGAAUGUUGACGACAUGAUUGGCAACGAAAAAAUGCAUUCCUUUUGUUUACCUGUUGAAUCAUGUGUGGUUUGUGGAGAUCGAGCAUCAGGUCGACAUUAUGGAGCAAUUAGUUGUGAAGGAUGUAAAGGUUUCUUUAAAAGAUCUAUUCGUAAGCAGCUAGGAUAUCAAUGUCGAGGUACCAAAAUGUGUGAAGUAACUAAAAAUCACCGCAAUCGUUGUCAAUAUUGCCGUCUUCAAAAAUGUUUAUCUAUGGGAAUGAGAAGUGAUUCUGUGCAACAUGAAAGGAAACCAGUAACAGAUAGAAUAGAAUCCGUUCAUAAUAUGCCAACUAGUCCGGACAAUAAUAACAUUCCUACAUUUUCAUAUGCAAAUAAUACAUUUAUUAAAAAUGAAAUGCCAUUUAUUAAAAACGAUAUGCAUUACAUUAAAACAGAAAUGCCAUAUACAGGAAAUCGAUCUGUAUAUAAUGAUCAGACAGCAUUGAAUUUACUACAUACAUCAAAUGAAAAUGAUUCUUCUAUCAGAAAUCAGAACUACAUGGAUUAUUAUAUGGCUGAGGAUGACGAAUCAUCGGUUAGCCAUUCUCCAAAUAAUGAACAGGAUAUUAAACCAUUUAAUCAAGACAACAAAAGCCUAUUAGUACUUACAUUGGACUCUAUGACAAAUAUUACUCAACAAAAUUCUAAUGGUACCGAUUCAUCAUAUGAGGUUGAAGUGCAAAGUAACAUUGUUUUAGAUAUUUCUGAAGAUGUAAUGCCAACUGUUAAUAUUAACUUCCCAUUUCAAUCACCCAGUCCUAAAUAUGCAUACUUAAAUUUACAUUUCAUUUGUGAAAGUGCUUCAAGGUUAUUGUUUCUGUCUAUAAAUUGGGUUCAGAGUCUUCCAGUUUUUCAACUUCUAACAUUUGAAGUACAAGUUAGUCUGCUAAAAAAUUCAUGGUCACAAUUAUUUAUCUUGGGUCUAACUCAAUGCGCACAAGCAUUAUCAUUGAUACCAGUACUUAGUUCUAUGAUAACUCAUUUACAAAAUGAUGAAAUUCACAAUUCGUCCAACUCCAGUAAAGCUAAGGAGCUCAUUGAUUACCUCAAUAGAAUACAAGAUUAUAUUACAGAAAUGGAAAAUAUUGAAGUGAAUGAAGUGGAAUACGCAUAUUUAAAAUUAAUAUGCUUAUUUAAUACUGACAAUCCUUCUGAAAGACAACAGUUAUUCAAACUUCAAGAAAAAGCCGUCAAAGAAUUGAAACAGCAUUUAAUCAAAGAAUGCAACGAUGAACACCGUAUAGCACUAUUAUUGUUACGACUUCCAACUCUACGAUCAUUACAACCUAACAUCAUAGAAGAAAUAUUCUUUUCUAGUUUGUUGGGUAGUUUUCAAAUUGAUUCAGUUAUACCUCAAAUAUUAAAGCUAAAAUGUUCAAAUACAGAAUAUGAAGAUUUUGUUUCUAAAAACUAUGUUUCAUAAUAAUUAUGGUUAGUCAUAUUUUAUGGUUUGUAUUCCCGUUUUAAUCGUAUUUAAUUUAAAUUUUGGUUUUAUUAUAUGCUUAUAAGAUAUUUAAGUUAAAAUAUUUGUGUAAUAGUAGUAUUUUUUGCUUUUAUAAUUUUAUUUUAGAGGAAACAAAAUUUAUCUUUAAUUUUUUGAUUUUAUUUUAAUACUAGCUUCUUAAUAUUUAGAUUAAUAACAGUAGUGCAAACCCAAAUAUUUAACUCUUAGAUUUACUGGUUACUAUCAAUGUAACUAUAAUAAAUUUUAAAAUAAAAUGUAAAAAUAAUUAAGAGAAUGUCGCACUUACCUGUGCUGUCUUCUUACAAACAGACAAAGUAGUAAAUUUGUAUUCACAGUUCUAAUUGUUAUGUUAACUUAAUAUUAAAUGAAUUGACAUAUUAUAAAACCUAUAGGUAAAAACAUAAAGUAGUAUCUUUAAUCUAACAAUUAAAGUUCUCUCAUUAGAUAUUUACAACAUUUUAAUUCAAAGCAAAUUAUGAGUAUUUUAUCAAAUUUUAAUAUUUUAUAUACUUAUAUAUUAUAUAUUAUAAUAUAUUCUCUUAAUAAUUAUUAAAAUAUUGAUAAAAUUAUUAUUUUCAGGUAUUUUUGUUAUCUUUAAAUUUGAUAAUUACUUAAUGUAUUCUGAAAUAAAAGAUUACAACACAAUACUGUAACUGCUGAAAUCAAAUUUAUCUAUGUUGUAUGUAUGUAUAAUAGACAACUUAUGGACAGGAUAUUUUCUUGACAUCAAAGAUAAUCAUAAUUCCCAUUUUAUAUUAUGACAAUAACUUUAUUUUUAUUUGAGAACUUUCUGUUAAACAACUAUUUGUUAUGAUAGUUAUGUAUAGUUUAUGAAGCAUAAUUAGGUUUUAGUAGACAUGGUGUGUUGGUAGAUACUUAUGAAUGUUCGCUCAGCAGAAAACAUGGAUUGAUGAGGAAGUGGUUAAUACCAGUAUUAAUUGGACACUGAUAUCAGGGCUAGCAAAAGCUGUGGGCGACUGCUCAUGGUGUUAGUACGUAAUGGGACACUAAACUGUUAAAUUAUUUCAAUUUAAUUUAUCUUUUGAUAUGCAUAAACGAAUAAUUUACCUACACAAUUUGAAAUAUGUAUUAUACCAAUAUACCUUUAAUUGAAGAUACUUGAUAGUUUUAGUUUAAAAAUAAUGUUUGUAAUCAUACCAUUUUCUUUGCAAAAGCCACAACUGGUCCACAUUCACUAAAUAUCUUUUGAUAUUAUUUAUGUACAAUUAUGAUUUACUCAUUUAUAAAUAAAUUCAUUACUGGACGGCAGACAAUAACACACUAUUGGCUAUAUAAUACACAUAUAGUAAUCACUUGUGUUGUUAUAAACAGUGUAGUUGAAUAGAGUACCUAUAGUUUUUAUGCUGGCCCUGACUGAUGUGCCCAUUCUGCUGUAAUAACCUCAAAAUAAUUAUUCUUACAAUAUUCAGUUUUUGAUUGCGCUAUGGUUGUCAGUGAGUUAUUAUACAUAGUUUAUUCUUUAAUUAAUUUUAAAUCAUGAGGAAUGAUUUUUUUCUUUUAAAAUAAGUUUAAAUAGAAUAUUUAUUUUGUUAUACAUUUAAAUAAAUGCUGGGAUGAUUAAAAGUAAAUAAAUGAUUAAAUUCAAUUUAAAAAUAGAUCUAAAAGUCAUAUACAAAAGUAUAAUUAAUAUUUUCUUAAUAUACUUAGUAUAAUGGAGUAAUAUGCAUAAUAUUCUAUGUAUUAUAUAAAGUGUAUUAAUUUAGAUUAAAAAUAUAAUAACCUAUAUUUUUUCAUAAUUGAUAAUUUAAUAUGAUCGGUCUUCCAAAAAAUUGGUGAUUAAUUAAUUCCAAAUAUGUAUUUAUUUUCCCUCCUUUAGGAUAUGUUAUAAGUAUUUUCUUAUUAUGCGAACUUAAUACAUUUCUUUUCAUAAUUAAAUAUAACUAUGUAAGUAUUUAAAAAAGCUUGUAGAAGUAAAUUUUAUAAUUAUUGUCAUUAAAGAAUUUAAUUUUUGAUACUAGUACAGAAUACUUUAAGUUGCUAUUCUAAUUAGAUUGACAGUUUUUGUUUUAUUUGUUGAGUCACAAUAAUAUUUAAAAAAAAAUACUUUAGAAAUUUGUCUAUCCAGAUAAACUAGAUUUACUAAUAAAAUGUUGCCAAUGAGAAAUAUCGAUAUUAGAAAUAUGCUACUGUAAAUACUGAAAUAUGUUAUUGCUAUAUUAGAAUUCAGAAUCAAUACUGGUAAUUGAUGGUAUUAUAUCGUACUGGUAUGUACGAGAAUACUAUCAUAAUAAUAGUAUGUAUAUUACAAUAUAUACUUAAAACAUACUGGGAUUGAUGAUACCAUCACAUAUCAUUGUAUCAAAAUUACUAAGUAUUAUAAUAUAUAAAUACCUAAUAAUAAUAUCAUUAAAAAUAAAAUAAUAAAAUCUUUUAUAUCAAAUUGUUUUAAAAGUUUGUGAGUGAUGUCCACAUAAAUAACACAUGCACUAUGCAGGUAUCUAUCGAUUCAACCUAAAUCUACUCAAAUAACUAAUUUUUAUCAUUAGAGAUGUUCAGUAACUGAUUAUCUUAUUCCGAAUUAAUAAUAAUUAGGCUAUCUGGACUAUCUGGAUACAUACAAGUUUCUAUUACAAUAAUAUUAUAGUAGUUGAAAAUAUUCAACAUUGUUGAAUUAUUCUAAUUUAAUGAUUUUAUGUUAAUGGGAAAUGCUGGCUUUAUAAUAAAUAUAACAAAGCUCUUGUACUUCUAUUCUUUAUACCUUUUUGAUGUAUCAAAUAUUUUGAUAAAUCACAUAUCAUUAAGGUAUUUAAAUAGCAAUAUAUUUUUUUUAUUACCAUUUCUCUCAAAAUAUUUUCAAUUUACUAAAUUACAUUUUAUAAUUUAUUUCACUAUUAUUAGUAGUUCUUCCAUUAAAACUAAUGUUUGACUUACAUAUAAUUCUACUAAUUAUUAUAGCAACUUAAUGUUUAAAUGAACUGGGUAUAAAAAUAAUUACCUUUUUAUUAUUAUUGAUCAUACAUCUAAAUUAACCUAUAAUUUUAUCUUUUUUAAAUAUUCUUAUCUUAUGUUUUGCAACUAACUAAAUUAAAUUAACAGAACAACUUUUAAUUUAUAUUCUAUAGAUAUUUUGUUAUUCUAAAGAGAAAGAUGAGUAAAGUAUUAGUAUAAAUGGCAUACAUUUUUGAAACUUUAAUGUUUAAUUAUAAUUUGAUUUUUUGUUUAGAUGCUUUUUUCAUAUUUUCUUGACUUGUUAGAAUUUCCUAUUUUGUAUAAUAAAUUUAUACUUCUGUAUAUUGUUAUAUACUUAGAAAUUAGGUAAUUUACUUAAUAAUUUUUAUGUAUAACAUUUUGUAUGGGGUUUUGCAAUUAUUCUAAGAAAAUAAAAAUAAUUAAUAAAUUCUAAGUAAUUUACAUAUUAUACUUUUUUUGCAGGGUAAAAUACUCUGAUAAACCCUUAUAGGUAAAUUGGUUUACUUUAAAAUUACCUCAGGGUUAGUAACUGAGACAAUAAAUAUAAUAAACAUGUGAUGAUAUAAUAUUAUUGUAUCAAAUAAUUUAUUAGAUAUUCGGUUUUAGUAUAUUUUGUUAGUAACAUAUUAUUGUAUUACAAACCAUAUAUUUUAUUGUUUUUUAUUUGUAACUUUAAUUUUAAGUGUAAGUGUAAGUUAACUUUAUUUUAACUUAAGUAUCUACUUAUAGUGAUAUUCAAUAACAAUUGACAAUAAAAUGCUGUGUUUUAAAAUAGGUAAUUAAAAUUAAAUGAUAACUUUACUAUUGUAUUAUAUUUUUUCUGUAAUGUUCUUUAAAAUUUAUACAAUAACUUAAAUAUAUUAUUCAAUUGUAAUAAUUAUAUUAUAAUAUGCUGUACAUAGUGAUUAGUGAGUGCACAGCUUACAAAGUCAUAUUAAAAUAUGUUUUAACUCGGACGGUAUGCAAUACGAACACGUUGAUAUUUCAGGAAUGUCCUUAUAUUAUAUUAUCUUAGAAAUUGGUUUGUUCGUUCACUACAAUUGUGAUAUAUUAGAAUAUUAUGUAAGAUAAAUAUGUUUGGUUUAAAAACUGUGAAUACUAUGUUUGUUUUCUUUUAUCCUUUGUAUGGUUUAGAAUCAGUAGCAAAGAUAAUAUUUUUUUUCUUCCUGGUAGUGAUUAUUGAUAUUUGAUUAUGAGUUAUUACUCAAUAUAUAUACAAUUUUGAUUCAUACAAUUCCUUAUACUACACUGUUUUAAUAAAUGUGGUACAUAACUUGUGCAAUUUGCCUUUCCCAGUUGAAAAAAUCAACAUACUUAUACUUAUCUUUGUUGCUGGUUUUGCUAAAAAAAUAUUUUAAAAUUUUAAUUCGUUAUAAAAAUUGGAUACGGGAAAUACACUAAUUUUUUAACAUUCAUUAAAAUAGUAUAAUUUAUAUUUUAAUAAUUUUAAAUUAUAAUUAUUAUCAUCAUUAUUAUUUUUAUUAUUAUUUGUUAUAGUUUGUUUUGUUUUAUUAUUAUUUUUUUUUUAAUGAAAUAAUUUUUGUUGAUUGUUACCAUUGAGGUUUUAUUUAUACUUAGCAAAAUUCAAUCAAUGUUAUACUUACUUCAAAUUUGCUUUAUAUAUUAGAUAUGUAGUUUUUUUUUUGUAUAAAGCUUAUUAUGUUUUAUGUAUUUUUAUUUAAGUUUUAAUCAUAAAAAUAAAGUUACAACUGUGCAAUCAUAAUUUUUGCUUCUCUGACAAAUCAGAAAAAAAAACAAAAAAAUCUAAUCUUAUUACAUACCAAAUACAUGAUUUUUUUUUCUUAUUAUUUUUAAAACAAUUUAACAUAAUUAGAAAUUAAUGUGUAAAAUUUUGUGUUGCUUUACCCAAUAGUUAGUUUCAAAUUAGCUAAAAUACGUUGAAAAUUAUUCAAUGUCUAGUAAAUAUUAAUACAGACUUUUAGUAAAAAUAUCAAAUAUUUACGGUUAUUUGUUUUUGAAAAAAAUUGUGUGGCAUAUAUUUAUAAUGUUUUUUUUUAGAUCAUUAUGAAAAUUAUGUGGACAUUUAUUCUCUUGACCUACUCAAAGUACCAACUAGAUCUAAUUUGCUACCACCCUCAAAGUUGAUUAUUAAAGUAUUUUUAUUAUUCCACAUGACGAUUUCAUCACAACAAAAUAAAAAUAAAAACACACUUCUUUGCAAAACAAAGAAAACAAAAUACAUUCAACUAAGAAUUUAAAAUGAAAAUACUGUUUUAAUUUUUAUCCAUGCUCUCACAGUUUUUUUUAAACAAAUAACAUAAAAAUUUGAGAUUCACAUAGAUGUAAAACACAAUUGUGAAAAACUAGUUUUUGAUAUUUUCUUAAUAAAAUAAAAACUUCUAUGUAAUAUAAUUUA